GGUCAGUCAAUGAGCAUGGCUCUGCGCGAAUGGUACGCGGACCGCGAGCUGCUUCUAACGGGAGUGACCAGUGAUGUAGGACGAGCUUUGCUAGAGAAGAUUCUCCGCUCGUUUCCCGAUGCGAAGGUGUACACGAUCGUUCGCUCUCGGCACGGAUUCAGCAAAGAUGAUAGAAUCAAGAACAUCUUUCUAUCCCCUCGAUUUGAGAGACUGAGACAAGAGGAUCCAAAUGCGAUUUCUCGAGUGAAGGCGUUGGAGGGUAAUUUAUUGUACGAUGGACUGGGCACGACGAAACCGGACAACCAACUGUUACAAAACGUGAGCGUGGUGUUACACGCAGCCGGCCCAUGUGACGAAGUGCUUCGCUUCUGCCGGCAGCUGCCGCGCCUGGAGGCCGUGGUGGCGCUGUCGUGCAUCUUCGAACACGACGGACCAAUCACGGAGUCGGUGGACAGAGAGCACGCAGCCAAUGGACCUGUGGCUUUAGUGCGGGCUCCGUUUGUCGGACCGGCACUUCGCGAGCCUAUGCCUGGUUUCGUGGACGUUCUCAAAGGAUCGACAGCUCUGAUGGUAGGAGCAGGUCUUGCACUUGGUAACUCAAAGUUUCAAGCGGAAAUCAUUCCGAUCGACCUGACGGUCAACACCAUGAUCGCCGUUGCUUGGGAACGAGCUGCUACGAAAAACACGGACGUGGCGAUGGUAUAUAACGCGGCCCCGAUAAAAUGCACGUGGAGUGACCUGAUCAAGAAUGGUCGACGAGGCAACCGAAAGUUUACAUAUCCGACUUUCGGCCUGCGUGGAAUGACGUCCAUGCCAGCGGUGCAUUGGACUCUGGUGCUGCUUUUUGAAUGGUUGCCAUCUGCACUCUGUGACACGAUCCUCGGCCUGGUGGGGGCAAAGAAAAGGCUGCUCGAGGAGUACCACAGAGUUCGUAAUGCACUUCGAUCCCUUGAGUCAAUUUCAUCGAGGCCGUGGUCAGUAGAGAGAAAUCGCGUGUACCUGCUCCAGCAACGUCUCACCCCAGAAGACCAAGAUGCAUUUCCGGUUGCCACGGAAAUCGACAUCGAGAGUUACGUACUGUGCGCGGCGGCUGCCGCCAAGAAGUAUUGCGUGAACGAGAGCAAUAUCAGCCUCGUAAAGAUCUUCCGACUACUUUUCUUCUUUCUCAUCGCGGCAGCCCUCUUCUUCGUCUACUUCGGCAGAUAUCACGCGCUUGCGAAGCAUUCCGAUCUGAACGAGCGCUAACUAUGGUGAAAUGGGGAGAUGGUAUUUGCGUGGAAUCAAAACGUCCAUCUUACCUACCUAGAACCUGUGUUCGAAUGUUAGGUUAGGAUUAGGAGCGACAACUUUAUAUCGGUAAAGUUAGAAAAUAAUUCAACGAUUACGUUUAUUGGGGAUUGGGAUCGUGGUGGCGCUAGUGAGUUAGAGAGUCCUCUUAAGAUUACCGAAACGGUUAACGUAACCUAACCUUCAAUUGCCGACGUGAUCACGCGACAAAAGUCUGCAGCAAUAUAUUAUCGUAUUUGUACUAAUAAAUUGCUAUUUAAUAUUAACCAUGUAUGGGAAGAUAGGUUAGAAAUGUUUUUCUUUGGACGAGAAGUAAAUUGUAGAUGAGAACAAGCUACUUAAAGCUUGCUCUAGAAAUAAAGAAAUGUAUACAUUUAAUUGAGGUAAAAAGUAUAUCAUGGAGAUAUAAUAUUUAUACUAAGUUCACAGUUGUAGAUACACGCAAACGUGUCAAAGAGAAUAUUCCCGGUGUUUAAUUAACAGUAAUUUACUCUACAUACUUGUA